AGAGAACCGUCGACGAUAGAGAAGGUUCUUGUGCUCUGCGAACCCGUGGACGACAGAGAGAAGAGGUUCCUAGUAUUCGGAACGUGGAGACGAGACAAAGAAGUGACCCGUCUCUGAGGACUGGUUAGUAUUUUCUCAUUGUGAAUCCAAUGAAGCAUAUUUUUAAAAUUAUGGCACUGCUGGUAGCCAUUGCUGCCCUUUGGAUUGGCCUCCUUCAGACAUCAAUGAUUCCACAGAGCUAUGCUUUGUUGCUACCUAUCUAUUCCGUUGUGACCCUAGGAUGCUAUGGCCUGUUAAUGGUUGGAGUUGGUCUUAUGCAGUUUCCAACUUGUCCUCAAGAAGCACUGUUGUUGCAGCAGGACAUUGUUGAGGCCAAGGAAUUUCUACAGCGAAAAGGGGUGGAUGUGGGUUCAGGUUAACGCGAUGGUCUGAGUACUGUUUCUGGAUGAAAACAAGGGAAAUAAGUCAAGUUGAAACUUGUACUCUGCUCAAUCUGCCAGUGGAAGUGUGCACCAGAAUCACAGCUGUUUGAGUGUUUUCAUCUUAUGCAAGAUCCUGAAAAAUAAUCCAGUUAAGUGAGUUAAUUAGUGGCUCUCGAUUAUAUGCUAACAUACAAGUACUAGGCUGUAUAUUUCAUCAUGAACACCAGAAGAGAAUUGGUAAUUGUCAACUGUCAAGGUUAGAAAUGCAGGUGCUGGGAGUUUUGAAGCAAACCCAUCUUAAUAUCAAUUAAAAACCCCAUUUGAUCAAGGUAGAUCAUUAGCAUAGAGGGAAUGAAAAUGAAUUUGUAUUUGGUGAAAUAGACUUCACUCAAUAAUGAUGGUGUUGUGCUAUCAGGUUCCUUCUUGGAGGGAGAAGGAAAGGAAAGCAUUCCUAUUGAGGAGAAAGUUAUACCUUUUUUUCCCUUUUCUUUUUUAAUAUUUUAUUUUUGAAUUUAUGGGCUCCAACAUCAUCUGUAAGAAGCAGGAACUUGCAGGUAGAUUUUCUUCAAAGCAGUUAUUUUGA